UACAUGCUAGCCGUGGGCAAAAAUGUCAAAGUUAGAUCAACCUUCCCGUAGAAUGUCGGUGUCGUCCGCCUGGACUUAUUAGUUUCUGUGUUUUCUCGUCAGCUAAAGAUAGCCUUCUUGUAAGGGACUGUCGUUUGUCGUUUGUUGGCCACAUUCUUCCGAAACCACAUAAUAGUUUAUGGCUCCAGAAGGCAACCAUAGUGGAAAGAAAAGGUUCAAAUAGUGACGACGCUCAAUACACCCCUUAGCAGUGAGUAUAUGCUAAGUGACGACAUAACAAGGCUAGAGGGCAGCAGAAAAAAAUUAAUCAAUAAUCGCGUUAGUGAAAAGUGCUCGCUGACAAGUGCAAAACAAACGAAAAUUGCUUAUUACACGGGGAAUUCAUAGUUUAAAAUCCAUUCGACAAGAUGCAAAUAGAGGAUAUCGUCAUUAUGCGUUUUUAAAUUGUUUUAGAAGCUACCCGAGUGAUGUGAUCGAAGCAACCUAGUUGAAACCACGCACGCAAUCCAUCAUCUAGCGUGCAGAGGCGUUAAUAAAUUAGUGCUGCAAGUUUUCCGCAGUCCCAGCUCAGUGGUGUUAACCUAAUUUUUGUGAAUCACGAAGCCUACUGCUACUAAAUAUUUCAUUGUCUGCGGUUGAUCAAAUUAAACCAUUCUGUUUUUGAAACAAAAGUAGAAAAAACAUCUGAAGCAAACAAGGAUUACCCGAACAGCGCGAAGCGUAACAUAAGUUCCCAAAAUGCCGAUCGUGAACAUUUUAAAGCGUGCCUCAAGCUACAUCCUGGGCAGUGACGAGGACACCGAAGAGGGCAACGAACUGGUGUACGAGGAUAACGAGGUCCUCUUCUGUAAAAACAACAUUUGUGUCCAUCCGCCAGCGGUUGUUCGUCAGGAAUCGGACAUCCUUCACUAUCCCGGUUAUCUCACCGUCACGACAAAAACCUUCAUAGAUCAGUAUAACAAUGCCAAGCGACCGACCCUGUUUCUCACUUGGAUUCCUAACUCGACGUUGAGGAAAUGUCCCUCGACGGUUGAAAACGGUGGAUUUUUUCGAGGUGGCAGUUUGAGUGAAACCAAAUUGAAACAGCACCAGCAACAGGAACAGCAAAAGCUAGAACUACAACAAAAAGCUGCCGAAAAGGUAGAUGUGGUUCCGAUUCCAGAGAAACCAAUCAGCGAAAAUCCAUUCUUAGCCACCCUAAAGCUGGCCAACACAAAUCCGUUCCUGGAACCGUACAACGAAUCCAUCGCACAGGCAUCGAGCGACAGUAAGUCCAUGAACUGUUCCGACUACUCCGAAACCAUCAGUAUCAGCUCGAGUUCAGACAAGGCCAGUCUUUGCAACAGCACCGAAUACAAUCGUGACGAUGUCCACGAUGAUGAGGACGACGAAGGUGUCAUCACAUCCGAAACUCACCACUCGUCCAGUAUCAUUGAGGAAACGGCCGAAGAUCGCGAACUCAAGACGGAACUACAACCACUGAUCGAGUCGGAAGAAUCAGCCAAACCGGCUACCAUGAUCAAGGUUCUCCCGUCGCAGACUUCGCUGACCUCGGUCAAUAUCACCAUCGCCAGCCCACACAUCCAGAACGUUGACAUUUCACCACCGGAAUCGGCACUGCCACACAACGAACGGUUCAUGCGAUCCCUUUCGAUUUCGUCACAGGACGAAAACAAUCCCAACUGGAUGUCGCCGGAGCUGUUGGCUUACAAACACAAUCUGGCGUUUCCGGAAAGUGCAUCCGCUUCGCCGAUCGUCAGCAGGAAGACGCCGCUCAAGUGUAGACGAUUCUCCGUCGAUCUGAGCCAAAUGCGAGCUUUGCGAUUGUUCUUCAAUGACGAAAAUUGCACCUCCGGGCAGCUGGUGAUUGCAUCCAGAGAAUCUCAGUACAAGAUCCUUCACUUUCACCAUGGAGGGCUAGACCACCUGGCACAGGUUCUGCAUCAAUGGCACUGUCUACUGCACAACAUCAAAUUGGCACCAGGUCAAGAUGAACCAAACCUGCCCUAUCGGCAGUUCAUGGUGUGUCGACCUGAGGUUCGCAAGGCCGAACUCCACCCGGAAGAGGGCAAGGUGAACAAAAUUACUACUGACUAUUUCUACGGAACAUUGCUCAACGAGAAGGGUCAGAUCGAGGACGAUCUUCAGCUGAGGAAGUGUGUAUUUUUCGGGGGCUUGGAGAAGAGUCUUCGUAAAACGGUGUGGCCAUUCUUGCUACACUGCUACAGUACUAAUUCAACCUUCGAGGAUCGUGCAGCCCUGGCCGAGAUUCGUCGGCAAGAGUACGAGGAGAUCACCAGACGGCGACUGUACUCGAUGUCUCCGGAGGCACAGGCUCAGUUCUGGCGCACCGUACAAUGUGUCAUCGAAAAGGACGUCAUCCGAACCGAUCGGGGCAAUCCGUUUUUCGCCGGGGAAGAUAACCCGAACAUUGAUACAAUGAAGAGCAUCCUGCUGAAUUAUGCUUUCUACAACCCGGGAAUGUCCUACACACAAGGCAUGAGCGACCUGCUGGCUCCAGUUUUGUGCGAGAUCAAGAACGAAGCGGAAACAUUCUGGUGCUUCGUUGGUCUGAUGCAGAGGGCCAUCUUUGUGUGCACACCGACCGACAACGACAUUGACCGGAAUUUGUGUUAUCUGAGGGAAUUGAUACGACUGAUGGUUCCUAGCUUCUACAAGCACCUCCAAAAGCACACCGACGCAAUGGAAUUACUGUUCUGCCACCGUUGGAUCCUAUUAUGCUUCAAACGAGAAUUCACCGAAGCCGUCGCCAUCCGAAUGUGGGAAGCGUGCUGGUCCAACUAUCUGACCGACUACUUCCAUCUGUUCCUGUGCCUGGCAAUAAUCGCCGUCUAUGCGGACGACGUCAUCGCCCAGGAUCUGCGAACCGACGAAAUGUUGCUGCACUUCAGUUCACUCGCGAUGUACAUGGAUGGUCAGUUGAUUCUGCACAAGGCCCGCGGAUUGCUGCAUCAGUUCCGUCAGUUCCCGAAAAUCCCCUGUACCCUGUCAGGAUUGUGCAAGCGAUGCGGCCCCGGAAUGUGGGACUCGGGCCAUCACCCGUCGAUCGAGUGUAUAGGACACUUGGACCACGAAACGUGUGCGUUGGCAAUGGAUUGAAGAUGUUAUCGAACGGACACCACCAGCUAGGAGAUGGAUUACGAGGCUGCACCAGUUAUGAUCUGAUAUACAUGUAAACCAAGCUUUAUUAUGUUUAGUUUUAGCGUUACAUAAAAUAGCAAAUAAUGUGAUUAUUAAGCGAAAAAUAGCUUUCUUUUAAAGGUAUAGUUAUAUUUAUUGCUUACGAAAUAAGAGCGUAUAUAGCUGGUAAGGGAAAUAUUUUACCUUCACGGAGAACAUUCCAAUUCGAGUCUGCUUAAUUACUAUAUUAGUAAAGAUGAUUAUUUAUCGUUCACUAAUUAAACAGAUGUUUAUCUUCAGUAUAGAGGGCGAUCGAGAAAUAUCUUGCAAUGCAAUCAAUCAAAAACAGACAAACACAUUAUCGCUACUCCUGAAGGAACAAUAACUAUAAUGUAAUUAAUUGAGCUAUGCUUACACGCCGCUAGGUAGCAUCCUUAACAGCAAAUAAAUACUAAGGUCACAAUCAAAAUUGAACACUAUCCUCGGAUUAAAAUCUUAAUAACAAAAACACAAACAGACAAACAGCAAUCAAAAGUGCUUACCUUUGGCAUAGCUGACAGUGUAUUUUAAGUUUGCGCAAAACCGAACAAAAAAUCCAAUUACACGAACAACAACCCAAAGCUAAUGACAGAAAUUAUACAAUAGUCUGGUAGAGCAGCAAAUAAAUACCUAUAAACGAUACAGUAAACCAAAAAAAACGACAUAUUAUAGUAGAGGUAUAUUCCAGAGAAAAAAACCAAACCCUUAAAGAGCAACGGUAAAUUUUAUCAGAAAAAUUUAAAAAGAAAGUUUAUACUUACCAUAUUGUUGGAUGUUACUUCUUGACAUGUAUUUACACAUAGACACACGAGAAAAGUAAAAUUUUAUAACCAUUAUGUGCUAUAUAAUCUGUAACGGAUUCUGUCGUCGUUGGUGGGUCAUCAGAAAAGAUUGCUUACACCGUAUAUUAGUUUUUUUUUAGAGAAAAAUCUUAGAAACCGCUGAUUGAGCUAGAACAAAAAAUAAAUAAAAAGGACGAAGACAUAGUAUAUGCGAGACUAAAUUUGGUGAUUUGAUUACCAACUAUUAUAAAUAUGAACAGAAAUAUUUCGCCAUAUCAUUAUAAAUUUCUUAUAAUUUAAAAUAUUUACAGCACUGACAUCUGGUGAUUGAUCUCUUUAUCGAGCGUAGGUACCUACUAAUAUUUUCGUUUGGGGAUACUUUCAUUAGGUUCUUGGAAACAAAUUUCCAAGGAAUUUACAAUAUUUACUUUUUUCAAAAAUUGAAUCACCAAAUACAUCUCGAAAGUGGUUUCAGUUACCUUAAUAUCUUUCGAAAACAGCUUAGCUCAACGCGACGACUUUGGAGAAAAACAAAAACACACUACCUAUUUAUCGGUUCAGAAUAGAAUCUAUAGAAGCCAAGGCUUAAGCUCUAGACAAAUGAACUAUCUUUGUAGACAAAUGCUUAUUUCUAAAAGUCCAUCACAAACCUUCAACACAUACACACACAAUAGCAAAAACACAAAACUACAAGCAAAAACAAAUUAACAGAAAAACCAACUUAUGACGAUCGAAUUGUAAUAUUAAAUUGAUUCCCAAAGAUAACGAAACUACUGAAUAUAGCAGAAGCAGAUAGGAGAUGGGACAACACGAUGUGGAAAAUCUCAAUUUUACUAGAAUAUCAAACAAAUAAAAAUUCUAUGCUCUGUGAACGAUUUUCUGUUGUCAAAAUGGGAACGCCGUAGAUGGUUAACUUGUAUAAAUGAAAGCGGAAGUGUUAUCUAUAUAAUAAGAAAUGGAGAGUUGUCUCACGUUAUGGUACUGUAUAAAGGAAAACAAGAAGCUUCAAAUAAAGUCUACCAGACACAA